UCGAGGAUCAAGGUUCACGGGCACGGGUGGUCGUGGGCGGUCUGUGCGGGGACGCGCACUGCGCGGUCAGCUGAGCUGUCAGCUGAGCUGAGCUGGUCUGCAGCGGGACACUAUGAUCCUCAGCCUGGCUCUCCGUGUGGGCUCCCCGCGGGGCCACGGGGCCCUGUCUGCGUGGGUGAACCGCGCCCCCGGGCCGUGGACGCCGCGGACGCCGCGGACACGUCUCCCUGCAGCUGCCCGCUCCAUCAACGUGGGACAUCCGCCCAUCGUCCCCACUCUGACCACCAGCUACGCCCACGGCACCUCCACCACGCCCCUGCUCCAUGACACGGUUGGGGAGGCCCUGCAGAAGACUGUGGAGCGCUGGCCGGACAGGGAGGCCAUGGCCUUCCUUCAGGACGGGGUCCGCAAGACCUUUGCACAGUUCCAACAAGAUGUGGACCAGGCCGCCGCCGGACUGCUGGCUCUUGGACUCCAGAAAGGAGACCGGCUGGGCAUGUGGGGGCCUAAUACUUAUGAAUGGGUCCUGUUUCAGUUUGCAACAGCUAAAGCGGGCAUUAUACUGGUGUCUGUGAACCCAGCCUACCAGGUCGCGGAGGUGGAGUUUGCAUUGCGCAAGGUUGGCUGUAAAGCUGUUGUGUGCCCCGAGCAGUUCAAGAAUCAAAUGUACUGUGACAUGCUUAGAAAAAUCUGCCCAGAAAUCGAGUCUUCCCCCCCAGGAGACAUCAGAAGCCCCAGACUCCCAGAACUCCGCUCCGUGAUCGUCCUGGACAGCCGCCAACCAGGGAUGUUUCACCUGGAGGACGUGAUGCAGGCCGGCAGCAGCCAGCACAUGAAGCAGCUGCAGGACCUGCAGAAGAAGAUUUCCUUCGAUGACCCCAUAAACGUGCAGUUUACUUCGGGUACAACUGGAUCUCCGAAGGGCGCCACGCUGACCCAUCACAACAUCGUCAACAACGCCUACUUUGUUGGAAGGAGAUUGGGAUACAGCUGGAGGCCUCACACUCGGGUCUGUAUCCCGGUGCCUCUGUACCACUGCUUCGGCUCCGUGGGGGGAGGGAUCGCCAUGGCUGUGCACGGCAUCUCCCUCGUCUUCCCCUCUGCUGGCUACAAUGGAAAGGCCAACAUCGCAGCGAUGGAGAGCGAGCGGUGCACAUUCAUCUACGGCACGCCCACCAUGUAUGUUGACAUGCUCAACCAGCCAGACCUGGCGAACUACGACUUGUCAUCAGUGGAAUCAGGCAUCAUGGCUGGUUCCCCGUGUCCCCCUGAGCUUGUGAGGAAGGUUGUGUCUGUAAUGGGUGUCAAAGAAAUUACACUUGGAUAUGGGACGACGGAGAACAGCCCUGUGACCUUUCUCAACUCACCUUUGGACAACAUGCAGAGGAAGUGCGAGACGGCCGGCUACAUCAUGGAACAUAUAGAGGCUAAAAUAGUGGACCCUUCAACGGGGGAAGUGGUCCCUCUGGGGGCGCAGGGGGAGAUAAUGAUCCGAGGAUACUGUGUGAUGUUGGAGUACUGGGGAGACCGAGCUAAAACAGAAGAGACCAUCACUAAAAACGGCUGGUACAUGACUGGAGACAUCGGCAGCAUGGACGCGUACAGCUACUGCACGAUUGAAGGCAGGAGGAAAGACAUGAUCAUCAGAGGAGGAGAGAACAUCUACCCGGCUGAGGUCGAACAGUUUCUGCACACGCACCCCAAAGUGAAGGAGGCACAGGUGGUCGGGGUGAAGGACAGGCGGAUGGGGGAGGAGCUCUGCGCCUGCAUCCAUCUGGUGGACGCUCAGGAGUGCACAGCGGAGGAGAUCCGAGACUUCUGCAAAGGACAGAUCUCUCACUACAAGAUUCCUCGCUACGUCCUGUUUAUGACAAGCUUCCCACUCACUGUUACUGGAAAGAUUCAGAAGCACAAAUUGCGCGAGGAAGCGGAGAAGCUGCUGCAGCUGACGGAGGAGGAAUGAAGGACCUGAGCCGUGCAUCACUGUAGCCACAGAACCACGGAUCCCCCACUAGAGGCUGCAACCGGGGUCAAAAUGACUAUCAGAAAAUCUUAGCUGCAACAAUUUACAAGAAUGUUGGAAUCGAUCACGUCACAUGUCGCACAUAAAGGAAUCCACAUUGUAAAUUUAAAGUAGAGUUUUUAAAUAAAAGAAAAAAAAUCAGGAUCAAUUGGUCCAAAAGAUAAUUGUAUAACUCAGUUUAGACCAGUUUGAUAUGACAUCACACACCUGUUGGCGCCCUUCUUUGAAAAACACUGAAAUAAUUAGAAACUGAUAAAAGUGAUAAAGAAUAAUUAAGUUAACACAGGAAUGAAAACAGACAUUGUUUUUGAAUCGUGGUUCAAUGGAAUCAUAAAAGAACCCCAAAUCAGUUGCAACGCUAGAAAAUGUAGACAAUAACUUGGUAAUAGUGGCACGUUAAACUAAAUUGUGUCCUAAAAUCGGACUAUUUAAAGGGUUAAAGGUCAUCUGCUGGUUGGUUUCAUGGUGUCCACCACUGGACAUGGACCAGAAAAGCGAAGGAGACAGUUGUUGAGGACAUGAGACAAGACAUUAUAGACCAGCAUGUUAAAUCUGAAGACUAGAAGAGCAGCUCCAAGCAGUGGGAUGUUCCUCUGAGCCAUUCAGAGGUUUAGGGACCACACGACUGUAGACAACCUCCCUGGACCAGGUUGUCAAGUAUGUCAAGACUGAUGACAUACUGAAAAGACAGAUAAUAUGAAUUGUAACCAAAGAGUCCCAAACAUUUCUGUUUUGGACUGAUUUCUGACAUUUUGAUGACUGAACCCAAACCUGGCCGCUGCUGGGACUUUCUGCAGACACGUGAAGCCACACGCAACAAGUCUGUCACCUGAGAGGAGUGUGAAGCAGCCACAGCAAUGUCAUUUUAUUGUGCUGUUGUAAACGCCAAGCAGGAAUGUGCAUUAAUCCGCCGCAGACAAUAGUCCCAGACAGAAAUUAUAUUUUCCUCUGUUAGAGAAAUCUGUGGCCAAAUGCACGAGACCACAGAAUCUUUUAAAAAUGAAAUUUAUACUUGAGAAAAAGCCACUGGGUUGAGAGGUGGAGGGAAGUUGGAAAUUAAAGAGAUUCUUGUGAUUUUA